GGCCCGUCGGGGCAUGAGGGCGAGAGCACGGCGGGGGGGGCGGCCAGACAGAGCGAGCGAGGAGGAGGAGGAGGAGGACGCCGAGGAGGAGGAAGGAGGAGGCAAAGAAAAGAAGCGGCGGCGGCGGCGGAGGCGGAGGAGGAGGGAGCGAGGAGGCGCGCGGCCCCCCGCUCCCUCCCUCCCCCCUGCCCCCCGCCCCCCGCCGGCCGGCCCCCCGCCCCAGCCCCGGAGGGAGCUCAUGGGAGUAUGAAGGAGAUGGUAGGAGGCUGCUGCGUAUGUUCGGACGAGAGGGGCUGGGCCGAGAACCCGCUGGUCUACUGUGAUGGGCACGCGUGCAGCGUGGCUGUCCACCAAGCUUGCUAUGGCAUCGUCCAGGUGCCAACAGGACCCUGGUUCUGCAGGAAAUGUGAAUCUCAGGAGCGAGCAGCCAGGGUGAGGUGUGAGCUGUGCCCACACAAAGACGGGGCAUUGAAGAGGACUGACAAUGGAGGCUGGGCCCACGUGGUGUGUGCCCUCUACAUCCCCGAGGUGCAGUUUGCCAACGUGCUCACCAUGGAGCCCAUCGUGCUGCAGUACGUGCCUCAUGAUCGCUUCAACAAGACUUGUUACAUCUGUGAGGAGCAGGGCCGGGAGAGCAAGGCAGCCUCAGGAGCCUGCAUGACCUGUAACCGCCACGGAUGUCGACAAGCUUUCCAUGUCACCUGCGCCCAAAUGGCAGGCCUGCUGUGUGAGGAAGAAGUGCUGGAGGUCGACAACGUCAAGUACUGUGGCUACUGCAAAUACCACUUCAGCAAGAUGAAGACGUCCCGGCAUACCAGCGGGGGCGGUGGAGGAGCAGGAGGAGGAGGCAGCAGCGGCACAGGGGGCAGUAGCAGUACCUUCAUCGCUGGCAGGAGAAGCCGGUCAGCCUCACCGUCCACCCAGCAGGAGAAGCACCCUUCCCACCACGAGAGGGGCCAGAAGAAGAGUCGAAAGGACAAAGAACGCCUUAAACAGAAGCACAAGAAGCGGCCUGAGUCACCCCCCAGCAUCCUCUCCCCGCCUGUGGUCCCCACUGCUGACAAGGUCUCCUCCUCAGCUUCUUCCUCCUCCCACCACGAGGCCGGCACUCAGGAGACCUCUGAGAGCAGCAGGGACUCGAAGGGGAAAAAGUCUUCCAGCCAUAGCCUGAGUCACAAGGGGAAGAAACUGAGCAGUGGGAAAGGUGUGAGCAGCUUCACCUCCGCCUCCUCCUCCUCUUCCUCCUCCUCUUCCUCCUCCUCUGGGGGGCCCUUCCAGCCUGCAGUUUCGUCCCUGCAGAGCUCGCCUGACUUCUCUGCAUUCCCCAAGCUGGAGCAGCCAGAGGAGGACAAGUACUCCAAACCCGUAGCCCCCACCCCUUCAGCCCCCCCCUCCCCCUCAGCCCCCGAGGCCCCCAAGGCUGACCUCUUCGAGCAGAAGGUGGUCUUCUCUGGCUUUGGGCCCAUCAUGCGCUUCUCCACCACCACCUCCAGCUCGGGCCGGACCCGGGCCCCAUCCCCUGGGGACUAUAAGUCUCCCCAUGUCUCGGGGUCCGGGGCUUCAGCAGGCAACCACAAGCGGAUGCCCACCCUCAGCGCUGCCCCUGCGCCUACCGAGGAGACCCCUGAGACAGGCCUGAAAGAGAAGAAGCACAAAGCCAGCAAGAGGAGCCGACAUGGGCCAGGCCGGCCCAAGGGCAGCCGGAACAAGGAGGGUACUGGGGGCCCAGCCGCUUCCUCCCUGCCAGGUGCCCAGCUGGCUGGCUUUACCGCCACUGCUGCCUCACCUUUCUCUGGAGGUUCCCUGGUCAGCUCCGGCCUGGGUGGUCUGGCCUCCCGCAACUUUGGGCCUUCCGGGAGCCUGCCCAGCCUGAGCCUGGAGUCCCCCCUGCUGGGGGCAGGCAUCUACACCAGUAAUAAGGACCCCAUCUCCCACGGUGGCGGAAUGCUGCGGGCUGUCUGCAGCACGCCCCUCUCCUCCAGCCUGCUGGGGCCCCCAGGGACCUCGGCCCUCCCCCGCCUCAGCCGCUCCCCAUUCACCAGCACCCUCCCCUCCUCCUCUGCUUCUAUCUCCACCACUCAGGUGUUUUCUCUGGCUGGCUCUACCUUUAGCCUCCCUUCUACCCACAUCUUUGGAACACCCAUGGGUGCCGUUAACCCCCUCCUCACCCAAGCUGAGAGCAGCCACACAGAGCCAGACCUGGAGGACUGCAGCUUCCGGUGUCGGGGGACCUCCCCCCAGGAGAGUCUGUCUUCCAUGUCCCCCAUCAGCAGCCUCCCCGCACUCUUCGACCAGACAGCGUCUGCACCCUGUGGGGGCAGCCAGUUAGACCCAGCGGCCCCCGGCACAACUAACAUGGAGCAGCUGCUGGAGAAGCAGGGCGACGGCGAGGCCGGCGUCAACAUCGUGGAGAUGCUGAAGGCCCUACACGCACUGCAGAAGGAAAACCAGCGGCUUCAGGAGCAGAUCCUGAGCCUGACAGCCAAGAAGGAACGACUGCAGAUUCUCAACGUGCAGCUCUCUGUGCCCUUCCCCGCCCUGCCUGCCGCCCUGCCUCCCGCCAACGGCCCUGUCCCUGGGCCCUAUGGCCUGCCUCCCCAAGCCGGCAGCAGUGAUUCCUUGAGCACCAGCAAGAGCCCCCCGGGGAAGAACAGUCUCGGCCUGGACAACUCGCUGUCCACGUCUUCCGAGGACCCACACUCAGGCUGCCCGAGCCGCAGCAGCUCAUCGCUGUCCUUCCACAGCACGCCCCCACCGCUGCCCCUGCUCCAGCAGAGCCCCGCUGCUCUGCCCCUGGCCCUGCCUGGGGCCCCUGCCCCGCUCCCGCCCCAGCCACAGAAUGGGCUGGGCCGGGCACCCGGGGCAGCGGGGCUGGGGGCUAUGCCCAUGGCUGAGGGGCUGUUGGGGGGGCUGGCGGGCAGCGGGGCCCUGCCCCUCAAUGGGCUCCUGGGGGGGUUGAAUGGGGCUGCCGCCCCCAACCCUGCGGGCUUGAGCCAGGCUGGCGGGGCCCCCACGCUGCAGCUACCAGGUUGUCUCAACAGCCUAACGGAGCAGCAGAGACACCUCCUGCAGCAGCAAGAGCAGCAGCUCCAGCAGCUCCAGCAGCUCCUCGCCUCCCCACAGCUGACCCCGGAACACCAGACUGUUGUCUACCAGAUGAUCCAGCAGAUCCAGCAGAAGCGGGACCUGCAGCGGCUGCAGAUGGCCGGGGGCUCCCAGCUGCCCAUGGCCAGCCUGCUGGCAGGAAGCUCCACGCCGCUGCUGUCCGCGGGCACCCCUGGACUGCUGCCCACAGCAUCUGCCCCACCCCUGCUGCCCGCCGGAGCCCUGGUGGCUCCCUCACUCGGCAACAACACGAGUCUCAUGGCCGCAGCAGCUGCGGCCGCAGCAGUAGCAGCAGCAGGUGGACCUCCAGUCCUCACUGCCCAGACCAACCCCUUCCUCAGCCUGUCAGGGGCGGACGGCAGUGGCAAUGGCCCCAAAGGAGGGACCGCUGACAAAGGAGCCUCAGCCAACCAGGAAAAAGGCUAAAUCCACCCAUGGCCCUCCUGACCCCCCAAGUGGAGGGGGCAGAUCCUGGCCUGAGGGGUCCUAGCCUGGAGCAGGCACCUGCGCCCAGACACUGGAGAGCCCCGGCCCACAUCCUGUGCUGAGGCCCGGGGAGUGUGAGGCACUCCUGGUGCCGAGCAUGGACUGAGACCAGAGGCGAGCCCCUUCCAUUGGCCCCUUCCCUCUCUGCACUGACCCCUUUGUGAGGGGCUCAGAGGGAGGACAGGCUCCAAGCCCGCCUAGGAGCCCCCACUCUCAGUGAGUGUUUGAGGUCUCAGAGAGCAGAAUGGGCCAUGGCAUAAGUGGGGGUUGGUUGGACCCUCCACAUAAAAUGGAUCAGCACUUGAGUGGGGAGAAGAGGCGGGUAGGCCCUGGGCCUGCCCCUGCGUGGAAGUGGAAGUCUUUUACCAAGAAGGGUGGCCCCACUUUACCUGCAGUUUCUUCCCAACUUGGGCAGAUGGCAGGAGGGAUCCCUUGGACUGUUUCUGGCCAGUCCCCUUCCCCUGCCCCCCAACAAGGGUCUCGAGCUGAGCUUGUAAAAGCCCACAGACUCGGGGACUGAGGAAGGGACAGGAUGGCAUCAAACUGGGCCCAAGCCUCCCCACCUCUGGUUCCCCAAUGAUGGGUUGGGGGAGGGCAGGGGGAAGAGGCCCAGCCCACUUGGUGCCCCGCCCCUUUUUGCACUAUUGGGUUUAGGAGUGCUGAGGCUGGGGAUAUGGAGCUGCCUGACUCAGAGAGCGUGUGUCCGUGUGCGUGCUUGCGUGUGCAUGUGUGUGUCUCCCCUGGACCUGGGGCAGCUAAGGGCAGGGAUAGGAGCAGUGCUCAGAUGAGGCAGCACCAGAGGGGGGGGGCUCCCAGCUCUUGUUUGCACCCUCCCCACCUCCCCAACUUUGGUCCCUUUCUGGGGCAUGAAUGGUUAACAGAAACCGAAACAGUACUCCAAUAUUGGAGAGUAAUGGGGCCUGGGGGCUUAGAAUCAGGGUAAUAUCCUGCCUUCCCUCCCCCAGCCCCUGCAUAGUCUCAGUGCCCCCUCAGAGCUCCCCUUCCCCACUGAUAGUUGGUCUUGCUUCCCUGGCACAAGGGGAGCCCCAGGGAUGGGGAUUGGGGGAUGGGGCAAGGGGCGGGCGGUGGGGGUAAAGUGCCACUUCCUUUAAUGAAAACCUCCCUCCCAGAACUAACCAGCCUGCUCCCCUGCACCUCCCCCCACAACCAGGGGACACUUAAGCUUAAGCUGACCUAACAACUGUCCCUUCACCCACCAGCUAUUUUCCCCCGGGCUGUAGUGGGAAAGUCUCACCUUAAAGAGUCCCCCGCCUGCCCAGGGCCUUUGGUGGCAAGGCCGAGGGGCAGCGGGACAGCCAGGAGAGGGGCAGGGUUGAAGCCUGUGUCUGUUUCAGUUGCACUGGGGUUGGGGCCGGGAGAAGGCGUUUCCAGCUUUCCCUGAUGCUCAUGUCUUGUCAGUCUCUUUGCAUGUGUGGAUUUUUGUGUGUGUGUUUCUGUUUGGGUUUUUGUUGUUGUUGGUUUCUUUUUUUUAAAUAAAGAAAAGAAGAUGUGUAUAUUUUUGGCAACGACAGAAACGUAGUGCAGAUAUAUUUUUGCCUGUGCUGCUCAACUGGUUUUUUUCUGAUACUGAAAAUAAUAUUCCUGUUGAUAAGACUUUGUAAGAUGUUAGGGAGCUGAUAAUGGAGGGGGUGGGUGGGAAUCCUUCAGAGGCAAUUUCUUAGGCACUUGCAAGGGCUGGGGGGAGGGGGGAGGCAAUUGUGAUGACCUCAGAAAUACUCACUUUUUAUUAAUGCUAAAUAUCAGUUAGAAAGAAAUGAUAGAAUUCAGCAUUUUAUUCCAUCUUUAUCUGUUAAGCUCUCUAACUCCCUGACCCCAGACCAUUGAAAAGAAGAAGAACCUUCAGAGAUUCUUAGAAGAGUUGCUCAUUCACACCCAUGCCCUCACCCACGGCUGGCCCACUUAGAGCUGAAGUCCACUUCUGUUCUGGGUGGGAGGGAAGUAAUCUUCAAGGUUGCCGUGGUGGCAUGAUUUAGUGCACUGGAACCAAGACCUCCCCCCUCCCUCCCAGCACCCAAGAGUCUGGGGUUCUCAUCUCCAAGAGUAUGUUUUCCAACUUCCCCAGGCUGGGGUGCAGCGUCAGGUAGUCAGGUUAGAUUUGAAGAAGGGACCCAGGCUGGGUAUGGAUUGGUGCUGUCCCUCGAUUCGGGGUGGGGGGUGCGGGGCAUGAGAGGUAAUACAUUUUGUUCAAUUGAGGGAGCUUUAUAAUAGGAAAGGUCUGGAGAUCUUCAGAAGGGAGCAGGGUCCCAAUGCCAGGCGGGGACGGCUAUACUGACCUCACCCUCCUCUCCCAGCCUCAGUCGCUUUUUCCAGGGUGAAGUUGGAUGGAGAGUGAGAAGGGACUGCAGACUUGUAGAUGGCUCUGUCUAGGGGAGGGGAGGGAUGUGGUUUGCAGGGCGGAAGUCGAGCUUGAAAAUGCAUGAGAGUGGAGCUUUGUGUCCUCACCCUCAGCUCAAGGUAUGAGUGGGUAUGCAUGCAGGGCCGCUGUUCUGUUUGGCCUGAGUGACAGAGCUGGAAGGGACCUGUCUUUAGAGGUCCUUUGAGCCAGCUCCUCGUUUCGCAGGUGAUAGAUCCAAGCCUAGGAGGAGCAGAGGCUCGGACAGAGCCAGGACCAGCCCUCAGGACCCUGGCCUCCUGGUCCUGGCUCUCUCGCCCCACUGUACCACCUCCAUGAGGCUGUCCAUCUGUCCCUGUGUGUGUGAUGUGCAGUGUGAGUGGAGUGCAGGGCUGUGCCCCGGCUGGGAGGGUAUGUGUAGCACUGAUGUCUUAGCUCAGAGCUGAUGGAUCCUCUCUAUAGACAAUGACACUUUAAAGCUUGCCUUUUUUUUUUUUUUUUUUUGAGGUUUUCUUAUUUGUGUGUGAGUUUUCCCCCUCAGGCUCCUGGGUCUACUGCCAGCUCCAGGUGCCGUUACCUUGAGGCUGAUGAGAGCACCCCUGCGUGUUCCUGUACUGAGUUCUAGGAAGCACUCCUGGGAAGGGCCUAGACCAGUGAGGGGAGCCACAGCCAGGGGCCAGCUCUGAGAAAGCGUAACCUUCCCCACACUUCUUUUCCCAAACUGGAAACAUGGACAGAUUUUCAAAGGCACAGGCUCCCCGUGCCAGCUUCCAGCAUCUUCCUUGUGCAGUGGACUAGAGUUAGGGGCAGGCAGCCUGCUCCUGAUUCUCCUUUAUCCCACUUAUUUUGUCAGGGAGAGGUGCAUGGAGGGAUCAAGGUCACUUCAAUUGGGAAUUUGGAGGAAGAUGGGGCACAGUCCCCUGGCUCCCUCUGGUCGCAUCAAUCCCAAAAAGUGUCUGCCUCUCCUGACCAUUUUGACUUGAUCUACUGAAAAGUUGGGGACCGAGGGGUGACUUUAUUGCCUUUUUUUUCACUUUGGGACUUGGGUCAUAGGACUGGAGAACCCAAACCCUGACUCCCACUCUUGUGCCCCUCUUUCCAUCCCAUCCUGUCUCAAUGUAGCAGACCCUUCCCAGGGCGCAGGGAGGGGAAGCCGCAGUUCGCAAACCCAGGGGCUCCUUUUUCAUUCUUUCUAAAACCUUUAUAUCCUCAGCCCAAAAGGCAAUGGCCACUCCUGCCACCUCCAAGCCUGGAAUUGUGCAUAACCCGGAUCUUGUAUCUUUGUAUAACGGAUGUUAUUUGUACGAAGGGCGGUUCGUAAACAGCACUUGUUCUUUUAAUAAAAGAAUGUUUUACAAAAAAAAAAAAAAAA